AUGUCAGAACUGCUAAAGACACUGGGAAACGAGUGUCAGAAGCUCAACGAUGGAGCUGCUGCGGGGCGAACUCAUCUGAGAAAGUGUCUAGAGGAUACUCACGAAUUCAAAAUCAAUGUCAAGAAAUUGAAGGGCUAUAUAACCAAGCAAGUUCAGGAAGAGGGCCAGAACAACAAAACUUCAGCAAAACUGGUCAAAAAGCGUCAAGUGGCUAUCGAGAAACUCAACAAGAUGCACAAGAACUGGGAAACUGGUAUGAAGAAAAAUAUUAAGCUAGCCACCCAGCAACACUCCAAAUUUCAAAAGAAUGCGUUAAACAAGCUAUACGACUUUGAGCUGGAUCAGGUGUACACCAACCAGUUUUCGCCAAGCGCACGAAAACACGUAGAACAGGCCAUAGGUCUCCACAUAUCCAGAUACAGUGUUUGUGACGAACCCGAGCAGGACUCCGGCGCCAUGGUCGAGUAUCUGGAGAACGUGUACGGUGUAGACCCGUUGGUGUCAGCAAACUUCGUGGAGCUAGCCCAAAUCAUGCGUGAGCUUCUUCGUGACAAUUUGGAAGCAUGCAUGGCCUGGUGUUCCGAGGGCUCCGACCUCGAGUUUGAGCUUCACCUUUUGAGAGCCAUGUUCUUGUUGCGCAGCGGUGACAAGCUUGCUACCUACCAAUAUUUACUGAAACAUAUUCCCGGGUUUUUGAGUAAGACCCGAAAGACAUCGCUGCGAUACAGGGUGGCUCCUUUGUUGGCACAAGUCGUGGUGGCUCCGCCUAAAUCGGGCCACAACCUCGACGAACAACGAAAAAAAUGCAUGGACCUGUUCACGCAGGAGUACUGUGCUCGAAACGGCCUUCCUUUCAAUUCAUCGCUGUUCCUGGUCGUGAUGAGCGGGAUAAUUUCUUUCCAGUUUUUCAUCAAGUACAGAACAUUGCAAGCUGCUCGUCACAUCGAUUGGAGCACGGAAAACGAGUUGCCGUUCAACGUUAAGCUUCCGGAUUUCUUGACGAGUUUCCACCCCGUAUUCAUAUGCCCGGUUCUUAAGGAGGAAACAACUACGGAAAACCCGCCCUACGCUCUUCCUUGUCACCACAUCAUCUCGAAAUUCAGUCUUGACAAACUGAGCAAAAACGGGACUUGCAAUUUCAAGUGUCCUUACUGUCCUCUCACUGCUGCGCGGUCGAAGACCACCAAAGUCAACUUUGUCAUUUUAUAG